AUGGCCCAACUAUUGGAAGAUCCGCUGAGCCAGACCGCGACGUCUACUCAACCAAACAAAUCUUACUCCGCCAGCACCAAUACACUAAACGAGAAAGCCGUGGGCGACUCCAGGCCAUCUACCCCCGACAAUCGUUCAUACGCCGAAAAGCAGACACAACAUAACGCCAGUGCCACGGGAUCCUCUAGAGAGCCCUUGAUGAGACUUGCCAACACAACAAUUAUUCUUUGCGCUCCCGAUGGCAUGCGCACUCGAUACGUUAACGACAACACCGUGAUAUGCGACCUCGGCCCGCAAGGGUCGAUAGACCUAAAGGCCAUAAUGUCCGCGUCAGCCACUGCUUCAGACAUAUUCGAGGCGGUUGACUCCCCUGAGGGACUUACCAUUCAUCCGUUAGCUGAAGGCACUAAUACGCAUAGCUCGCGAGAGGACCAGGACCCCAAGUCGAGGCGAGAUAGUAGCACUGCUACCUUCGUCAUGGGGUCAGUCGGUCAGGGAAAGGAGGAUGAGGAUACCAGUGAUGAUGAACUAGUGGAGGAGUAUAUCUCUCCUGGAGGCCGUUUCAAAGUGAAGGUAUUGGCUUCCCGAAGCUGCCAGCCUGAUUCACAAGAAAUCUUAUAUCAAGACAAUGACUCCACCGAACACCUCUUCCUAAAAUUAUGCAUAUUUCUGGCCAUCUGCGCAGUUUUCUGUACAGCUCUAGGAAUAUGA